CAAGUUUGACAUUUAUAAACAUUGUGGUCAAACGUUUUCCUUCGUUGUUUUCUAUUACUCGUGCUAAUUGCAUAUUAGACGUGAAUGACAACACACAUUUUUCGUGUAAUGUAGUUAAAUUGUGUACUUUCAAUAUUUUGCAUUAUCCAUUGCGGCGCCCACUGCACACACAGCCAUGGCCGACGAGGAGCAUCCAUUCAAUUACGAUGAUUUAAACUUGGACUUUUUAGAGCUUUCACCACCAAAUAAAAAAGAAGUCCAGAAAUCCACGGCUACCACCAAUACGGCUACUAUUCGCGCCAAUUCCUAUAAAGCAAAAGAUCUGGCGCAAAGAAUUGCUCAAUGUAAUGAAUUGGUUAAUAAAAUUAAUUUGUUGAAAAUGGAAAAUUCGAAUAUACAGCUGAAGCUUAGAGAUUUUCAAAAAUCGGCAAAUCAAAUUCACAAACUUUAUGUAAACGAAAAAAAGAAGUGCUUGGAUUUGCAAACGCAGUACCAAACUGUGGAGCUCAAAUCAAAUAAUCUGCACGAACAUUGCACGCGAUUGAAAAGUGAAGUGGCAGAGAAACAAAUGCAGUUGGAACAAGUAGAAGCUCAAUUAGAUAACACAAAAGGUCCCUUAAGCUUUACGGAAUUAGCAAUCAAAUAUCUGAAGUUAGUUCAAAAACUCAACGAGGAUGAAAGAGUGAAAUUAUAUGACAAACCACUUUUAGAUGAUUUAAGUAAUUACUGUGAACAGAGGGGUAUGAAAGUGCCUCUUAUAAAAGUAAGGGCUAAUAAUAAACGUAAACUUAGAAAAGAUAAAGAUAUCCAGUGUAACCUGCUGAACGCUUCAGAUACAUUUGUAACAAAGCAAGUCGCUGUACAAUCCACACAGACAUCAGUAAUACAAAGCAAUCAUAUGCACACACAAACAGUUGCCCCAUUAUCGAGAGAUAUGUGUGCACAAACAUUGCACACAGAGGAAAUCCUCACUAAGAGUACGCAGAAUCAAGCGGUACAAACAAACUUAAUUGAAUUGCGUUCACAAGGAACACAACAUAUAUCCACUACAACAACACGAGGCACAUCAACUUCAUGCUUUAUCAAAAAACAUAAUGUUGGUACAAUUUUUCCAGAACCAAAGAUAAUUCCAUUAGAAGCGACAUUGGUUGACAAAUUCUUUGAAGUAUGGAGCGUAUCACCGCUUAGUCCAAUAUCCGAUCCAAUUCCGGAAACAACUUCUAAUGAAUUUGAUUUAUCAGAAGCUACCCCAUUGCUGAGUUUGCCUAAUAAAUCUAAGUCUAUAGGCACUUGCACUUAUUUGUGUAAUGUGCAACGCCAAAUAGAUUAUAUUCCAAUUAUGGAAACAUUUAAACGUUCACAAUCCAGUUCACCUUCGUUUAUAUAUGAUAAUAUGAAGUAUGAAAUCAACGCCACCCCAUCAUCUACGCCACCACCACCAGCACAUCUAUCUACAACACAACUUAAUGAAAAUACUGAAACUUCGGGUUUACCGACCAACAAUAAUUUACACAAUAUUAGUAAUUUACAACCAAUGAUAAGUGCAUUAACGAACCUUCCCGAAAUGCAUCCAGAUGUAUUUUCUACUGUUUGGCAAAUGGCUGGCCAAAUGUUUAUGGGACUUCUAUACUCGCCUACCAGUAACCACUUGCGACCGCAACAGUUUAAUAGACCUAAUGAUUCACAUACCUUGCAGCAGUUUAAUAAUUGGAUACAUACGUUAUACGAAUCUAGGCAAAUUUCACAGCAACAACCAGCAUCACCGUUACCAACACAAUGUGAGCAACAAAUAAAUAGGAGGGAAAACACCUUUGACUUAAAUAGAGAAAAUAAUACGAAUAUAACACAAUCCAACGUUGUUUCAACACAAUUUGAAGGUACACCGACAGAAAUCGCUUAUGAUAGCAACAUCAAUCCAAUGAGUGAUCUUACCGACAAUAAUAUUAGUACAGAUGGGAGUACACAAACUCAUGGUGAAUGUGAGGAUUUUGAAAAAUGGAUAUUCAAAGAACCACUCGAAAUACCAAAACGAUCCGUCAAACAAGUGCGUGGCCAGAAAAUUACCACAGAAGAACCAAUAAGUACCAGGAAGCGGAAGAAUAACAAAAAACUAAUGAAACGGUAUAAAACAAAAAGGGCAAAACUAGUCGCGACAUCUAUUAUUAAUAACGAAACAGAUUCUAAAUCCGAUAAUCGGGAAGUUACAGUAGACCAAAAUGAAAAACUCUUUCUCACUGCUGUCGAAUUUUGCGCCAAUCUUUACAGCUCCAAUGAAGAUUACCAAAUAGAAAACGGCAGAAAUGUUGCGGUGUCGGAAAGUGUCUACUUAGCACACUUAGAAGAUGAUUUUGGUACUGAAUCUGUAAAUGUAAAGCAUACUGAAGAUGAAAAACUAAAUAAUACUAUUAACGAUCUAGAUAUUAAUGCUGAAAAAGAUAGACCCAACUCGUUAUGUGCUAAUGAAAACCAAUUAAGAUUAUUACAAGAUAAAAGCAGUGUGAAUAUGGUCAUGUCUGAAGACAUAAAAGUACCUGAACUGUACGACAGUGAAAGAAACAAUUGUGAUAGUUUCGAAAUGACUGAUGCUAGAUGUUCAAUUGAAAAUCAACAGGAAGUAUAUGAGAAACAAAAUAAAUACAAACGUAAUUUAGCAUAUAAUAUAUUUGGAAGUGAUUCAGAUGAUAGCGACGUUGAUAUUACACAAACAAAUUGCUCGCUACAAGAACAACAAGAUACAAAUAGCCCUACACAAUUCGAUAAUAUAUUUAUCUCAAAUGAUGUGAAUACUAAAAUGUGUGCUGUUUUGAAGCAACCUGAAAAAAAUAUUGACCGUAAAGAGCGUUUAGAAAAUGAUAGGUUAGAGGAAACCAAAAACAUUGAGAUACUGACGGACAUUUCAGAAAGUACCCAUUACCAAGAAGAAUUGAAAGAAAAUGAAGCUGACGUCAGUAGUAUGAAGUUCACAGAUCCAUUCCAGAAAAUAAACAAUAGUGCAGAUAUUUCCAAACCUCUUGAAGAAAUACAUAAAUUCAAGCUUCCGAAUAUCCAUCCGCCUAAUACUAAUGAGUUAACCAAAGGGACCGAAGGUACUAAGCUUGCCGACACUUAUAAGCAUCCGUUUUCAACGAAAGCAACAGAGUUCCAACAAAAUGAAGCUAUUUCAUUAACAACAACAGCAUCUAUUCAACCCUUAUACCAUUCUCACAACGAAAAUGAAGAAGUCGAUGAACCCAUACUUGUUUUAGUCGAAGGAACUCCUGAAAAAAUAUGUAAAACUAGAACCCACUCCGAUUCAAGUGUAGACUAUGAUGCGGCAUCCGAUGAUAAAAUAUUUCCGACAUCCUCAAAAGAUCUUUCUCCAUCAAGUAGCAGUGAUUCCGAUAUCUCUGCGCUACAUACACAAUCAGUUGUGGACGACUUAUUGGGAAUUUCACCAACAAAACAACUAGUCAAUAGCAUUUUUGAAUCAGCAAAUGAGCAAAAAGUGCCGUGUAAGCGUGGUCGUAAACGAAAAGGUUCAAUGACCCCCGUUGUACCCUGUAAACGCUCAGCACGUUUGCGAGAUAAACAAAAACGUGAUAACCCAUUAAGCAGCGAUGAGAGUUUAUCGUCGCCAACAAAGGACUCAAAUGACCAGGAAAACUUGCCAGCCCAAAGCAAUAAUGACUAUUCCUGUAAGGAUAAUGAACAAAAUUUAUCAAACUUAACUGGUCUGUGUCAAGCUAAAGACAAAAUGUCCCACUCAUCAACUAGCGAACAUACUAACCAUCAGUUUGAAAUAUCUACCGAAAUGAAACAAAGGUCAAAUAAAGGCGAAAAUUAUGAACCUCAUAGUAUUACCGAUAUACAAGUUAGUGGGAACGGUGCAUUUGAAAAUACCAGUGCUGUUGGCAACACUUCAAAUGGAAUGGUUAACAAGCCAUUUUUUCGUCCUUUCGAGGAAUUUGUGAUUGUGACUAAAACUCCUGCGAUAUGCCAUUCAGAGCACUUAACAUCGCAAAUUGUUCAAAGCGCUAGCACAUCUCAAUGCACCUUGGCAUCCAGUUCAGAACUGAGCUUAGAAAUCGAUGUGCAAAAUCCUGAGCUUGAUUCAACGAAUAAUCUAUUAAAUUUAGAAUCACCAAACUCACCUCCAACAGAGACAGUCAGUGAAAACUUAUUAGUUGACUCACAAAUAACUCCAACAAUUCCUUUGGAAAUGAACAGGAGCCAUUAUCCUUCCAGCCAAAUAAAUAGUGUACUGCAAAAGUUUAUCAAGAAAUAUUCCUUUGAACUUUUUGCAACCAUAACGGGAAAAAGGAAGGAAAAUGAAGUAGAAUCUAAAAUCACACUUCAAAUCGCAGACUUCCUGAACAAAACCCGUGACCAAGUGGAUGUGACGGCUUCUACACUUGCCGCAUCUCUGCUGGAGCAAAUGUUAGAUUGUGAAAUGUUAGCCAGUCUGAUAAUUGAACAAAUUUGCAAAGCACCGCGCCCAGAAAUCGAGUUGAAUUGUGAGUUAGCACGCGUUCCACCAAAAUACAUCGGUACACACUUGCGACUUAUAUUGAUCGUGUUGCGGCACCUACAGCAAAAACGCCCGGAGAUCAUCGCUGCGGUGCUGCAAAAAAUUGAAAAUAGACUGUUUAGUUACCUGUGGAAUGAAAAGUUAUCAUUAAACACUAUUUUGAAUCUCACCCAAUUGUACUUAAUUGUUAUACCUCUUCAUAAUGCUGCACACAAUCCUGCGCGCCUAUUCAUUGCCAAAAGCUUAUAUUAUCACAAUAAGAGGGCAUCACCAAUGAUCUACGAAGUACUUUGUUGGUAUCCUACCACGCUUCCACACCGUGACGAAUCUAAUUAUGAUAAAUCAGAUGCACUAAUCACCGUUAUUCAACAUUUGUUAAUGUGUACAACAUACAAUAUGGAUACCAAGGAUUUACGUCAUAGAGAACUUCUAUCAAUGCUAAGAUUCGAAUAUCACUUUGAGCCCUUCAAACCAAAAGCACCCGAAGUUUUGACGAAUCUAGUGACAAAACUUAAGAGCGGAAAGCUAACAAAUCUCAUGUACGCCUUUGCCAUCUUUUGCAAACGAAAUCUUAAACUUGUAGAUAUUUUACUACAGCAACAAUUAUUGCCACUAGCCGAAGAAUACUAUACGCGUGUGCAGCAUACGAACGAAUAUGAUGAACGUAUUGCUGUUUUAAUGGACUGUAUAUCGGCUGUGGUGAAGCCGCUGCCUCUCACUACAGAUGUCUCCGUUUACUUUUCGAUAUUCGAACGCUUCCUUUGCGCUGUUCAGCGACCGGUCGUGCAAGAAGCGGCUGUAUUAGCCAUAUUGCGAUUUCAACGAUUUUGUCAAACACGCUGUUUUCAUGCACUUGCUAACUUCAAACCUCAUUAUCCACUGCAAAUGGUCACAACCAAUGCGCUCAAAACUUUUGUACAUAGAAAGCCGUUAAAAUACUGGAAUGGCUUAAUGCCCACAAUUUCUAAUUAAAGCAAAGCUUUAGCUUAUUUUCGAAAAGAUUUUAUCUUUUUUUUUAUUUAUAUUUUGAAUUUUUAUGUUAUGUCACAUAAAUUACAAUAUUCGCGUUUUUUAAAUAACGUCUUAAGAAAUAUUUAUUUUUAUUUUUCGCUGUGUAUAAGUUAGAUGAAUUAAUGUCAA